AUGUCUCGGGUCGACCCGUCUACCGCGUUAGCAGAAACCGUCUCGUGGUACGCCUCGUUGUUGUUGGCUCUGAUGCUCGUCCUCAGCUGUUGCGAGUCGGGCGAGGGUGGGGUCCAUGUGGAGUCCGAGAUAUUGGGAAACGUGUUUUCGAGCGAGAGGCCGUGUGACGAGAUCUAUGUGGUGAGAGAAGGCGAGACGCUACACACAAUAAGCGAAAAGUGUGGGGACCCGUUUAUUGUGGAGGAGAACCCGCAUAUCCACGACCCGGACGAUGUCUUCCCGGGUUUGGUCAUCAAGAUUACGCCUAAUUUGAAGAAUAGGUAG